ACUUGUGGUAUAUUUAUCCCGGUUUGCAAGUCUCUUCUUCCGGUUUCUCCAUACAACAUGGGCAAGGUCAAGGCUAAAGAUCUACGUGGAAAGAAAAAGGAUGAGCUGAUGAAGCAGCUCGAGGACCUAAAGCAGGAGCUGCAGUCCCUUCGCGUUGCUAAAGUAACAGGGGGAGCAGCUUCCAAGCUUGCCAAGAUCCACACCGUGCGCAAGUCUAUUGCUCGUCUUUUGACUGUAAUGAACCAGACCAAAAAGGAGAACUUGAGAAAAUUCUACCGCCCCAAGAAGUACCGUCCUAAGGAUCUUCGACCCAAAAAGACACGUGCCCUGCGACGAGCCCUGACAUCAUAUGAGCUGUCCCUUAAGACAAAGAAACAGCAGCGCAAAGAGCGCUUGUACCCACAGCGAAAAUUUGCAGUUCGAGAAUAAUUGUGCUGUUGUUUAGUUUGGAUGUCACAAUAAAGGGGAGGAAAUACCUUA